AGGUCAGAAGUAUAACACGACGACUAGAUAUCCUUAUUUGCAAUGGCGGUAUGACACCUGCUAUACCACCACUCUCCCCCCACCUUCACUUUCAUACUACAUCUUCAACGAACUAGCGGCAUUGAUCGAUCGUUCUUAAACACAUUCUAUAGGCCUUGGUGUCACAACCAACUACGAACGAUCACCCCAGGGAGUGGAAAUGGUCUUUGCGGCAAACUGCAUUGGCCACCAGGAAUUGGUCACCCUGCUCCUACCACUUCUGAAACGCACAGCAAACCAGUAUAGUGAAUCCAGAGAAGCCCGGGUUGUUGUCACUAGUUCCUCGCUGCACUCGGUAUGCCGCACCUUGGACUUUAACCAGCUUACCACGCCUACACGUGUGAUGCCUAUGCACCCGUAUAUUGAUGGCUUCUGGCGUUAUUGUCGUUCCAAGUUGGGAAAUAUUCUCUUUACGAGAGAACUCGCUCGUCGAAUUGAGCAAGAAGGACCCAACGCUAACAAUAUCUACGUGAAUGUUUUCUUCCCUGGGAACAUUGUCACAGAGCAAUGGAAAGCCUGGGACGAGUAUGUAGGAACUACUCUCGGUGCAGUUUUCCGUUAUAUCUUUUCAAUCAUCGGGCAAAGUACACAAGACGGAGCGGCCACCGCCGUCUAUCUGGCUACAAGUGAUCAGAUUCGUGUUGAUGGUAUUCGCGGCCAAUACUACAUUCCGAUUGCCAAGCCAGACGCAACGACUGACAUUGGUAAUGACCCGGUUCUCGCCCGCGACCUUUGGGAUUGGAUAGAUAUCAAGGUAACAGAGCAUCUGGGCCUUCAUUGGCAACAAGAGACCUAAUAGCAACUGCUCCGAGAUGUAUCCGUCAAAAUUAAUACGGUCAUUGAACUUUUUGGCUAUAUUUCAGGUAUAUCAUGAUACUAAGGGUUCCAGUCUCUGCUCAUGGGGAUCGUUCCGGCGCAUAGGA